GAACUAGUAAGUGUAUUGUAUGUGUAUAUCGUACUGAGCUUCUAAGCUGGUAGUUGAAUGUCUUGAAUACAUAUUUGCCUAAGGAUUAAGAAACGUUAGGCAAGAAUUAUGAAUAGGAAAUGAACAUUCUCAAGCACUGUCUACUUAAUCAUCAAUUUGUUCACAAGUAUUAAAAAUGCGCUAAACCUUAAGACUAAACGAUAUCAUUCAAAUAUUCUUCUGCUGUGGUUUACAGUGCUAUGACUUUUCCAACCACUCCCAAGUAGCUGACAACACUACUCCUGUUAUUUCUACUAGAACCUGAUAAGCUAAGACCAGUUUCAAGAUGAUCUCUGCCAUGCCAGCUGUUGCUGUUCGUCGGGAGAGGAAGAAAGGUAAGGCUAUGAGCUCUCAUAGCAGUGUUGCUUCUUUGCCCCGGGGACGUGGGUUCGCCAAACGUUCACGUACGCAAAGUAUCAGCACUGUAUCCAGUUUGGCAGGAAAUCAUUUCGAUAUGAAGUACCGAAAGUCCCGAGGUAGCGUGUGUGAAAAUAACCAGCAAAAACUGAGAUUACUUAUCUACAUAGGAACCGUAUUGUUAGUAGCUGGGUUGAUCCUAGUUUUCAUGGGAGUUGGCGCUGGAGUAAGCACGGUUCAAACAAUAGGCCUGAUAUUCAUCGGAAUGGGUGCCCUGCUUUGUUUUGUGAAGGUAUUUGUCUCUGAUCAACAGGGAACUCAUAUUAAACGACCUAAUCUGGCGAGCGCUUCAAAAGACUCCCUUUGCGCCAUGGCUGUGUCCGUCACCAUUCCUACACCUCCUGGUGACCAAUCAGCAGAAUGUGAAUCACUCCCGGUACAGAGGCCACCUCUGUCGCCAGAAGAGGAAAGUUGUGCCACCACUCGGAGCAACCAGAGCAGCAGCUUGACUCCGACAAGCCUCAACAGCAUUCCUGAAACCCAGGUUUUAAUUGUGAACGAAGAAAAGAAAAACAAGUUUUGAAAUCCUACAAUGAAACAUUUAAGAUAUAAUUUUUAAUUCAAGUUAACGUUGAGAAAUGGAACGUUUCGGAGUGUCGUUCAAGUUACUUGUCAGUGAACUAACUGUAGGCACCUGUUAGAUCUCGAUACAUUCUAAAGUCCAGAAUUGAAGCCUUUUAAAAUGUGAUACUAUCUGAUGGUACUAAAUCAUUUUUGUCAAUAAAAGAGUAAGAAUAAUAAAUAUGAUUCAGGCUUGUGGUAAUCACCGAUGUCCGAUGUUAUAAUUAGCUGAUAAAUGAAAGACAGCGAUACUCUAUGCAUGUUGUAUUUCUACAAGGCACAAAAGCACUAUUUUGUCAAGAGUUUCUUGAGGUUUGCAUGAAUUACUAUUUUAAUUUUUGCAAUCUAUCUUUCUCAAUGAGGAAGUGAAAUACUGCUUGAAGUUUAAGUAAUGUGUUAAUUUUCAGUUUCUGCUCAUUUAAUAUAAUCAAUGCACAUGCUAUCUAAGUGUCCUUUGGAUUUAAGUUUUGUGCUCCGCGAAUUUUAUCGCCUUUUCUGACAAAUGUAACCUUCUCAGUCUAGGGUAAUAACCCAUUGUUGUUACUUGAUCUUUAUAAUUUCAAAAUAUGUUUAUCAAGUAAGCGUUUGAGAAUUAAUUGUAUCGUGUGACUUUCAUGUCAGUGUUUUCUUUAGAAAUGUAUAUCUGUAUAGAUACUCCACAAAGAGUGCUAAUUUUGAAAACACCAUUUUUGCUUCAAAAAUGAUUUUUUAAAUUAAUCAACAUGCACUUUUCGAUAGCUUUAAUAAAAAUCGAACUUACUUCGCACAUUAUCACCAAACAGUUAAUUAUUCUUGAUGUAUCCACGGUAUUUGUAUAAUAAAAUAUGCAUAUAAUGUCUUUUAAUUACCGAAUUCAACUUAAACGUUUCUUUCUUUCCUUGCUGAUACCACGGAUAGAGAUUGCUACUUUGUAUACAACGUUUCUAUACUACACUUAAGAUAAUCAAAUCCCUUUUAAAAUUAAACUAAAAACCACACACGUUGAAAGAAGAUACUUAUUAGAUGAGUUCAGCUCUCCUUUCAAAUAA